AUGGUCAAUGACUUUACCUUCUUGUCCGUUCCUAGUAUUGUCAACCACGGAGGACGGAGUACUUGCAGCAGCCCGCUCCGCGAUUAUGGCAUCACGGAGAAUGAGACAUUCAUACCGCAAUAUAUUCCUAUUAAGAUGGCGCCUAUUCACGUUGGCGCCCUGCUCUUCGAUUACCAGGCAAUUGACAUCAUUGGUCCAUGCGACCUGCUCAAUUCUGCAAGUAAGGCGGUUCUAGAAAGUAUCAAUCUCUAUACUCCCGUGGAUCCGAAACUUAUCGCAAAAGCGCCCGAGUUCGUCAUCCACCAUAUCGGAGAGACCAUGAAUCCGGUACCCCUGCUUACAAGCUUUGUCACAAUGGUCCCUACGAUCACCGUGGAUGACGUUCCCGAAUUGGAUAUCCUCAUUGUUGGCGGUGACAGUCCAAUGAGAACAGAUCUCCCCCCAAAAUUACAGGAUCUCAUUCGCCGCCAUGCUGCCUCUGGGAGGCUAUUAUUCACGACCUGUACCGGCUCUGCGGUUGUUGCAGCCACCGGUGUGUUAGAAGGUAAGAACGCUACAGCCAACAACCUCGAGCUCAAUUGGAUCAAGAAGAAGUACCCAAAUGUCAAGUGGACAAACGAGAAGAAAUGGAUUGUUGAUGGCAAUAUUUGGACUGGCAGUGGAGCUGUGGCAGGGAUGGAUAUGGUCGCCCACUGGAUUAAAGAAACUUUUGGGCUAGAUAUUCUUAUUCAAGCAGGAUUAUCGCUUGAUUUUGAACCAAGAGAUGCUGACGGACUUUUAAAUGUGCUGCCUCAGCGAUACGAUUCAGCUGGAAAAAGAAUCUCCACCCACGUCUUUCCCGAUAUGAUUUGA